GAAGGUUAUUCAUGCAGUGGUCCUAACUCAAGAUGUUAGAAAUUUGCGUCUCAUCUCUUAUUCAACAAUCAAAUCAACUGGUAGGCACCAUGUACAAACCGACAGUUAUGGCAAGAGCAGCAUUAAUAGACGGUCCAAGUAUCUAUCUUAUAAUAAUUCAUGCAGUGGUCCUAUCUAUGCUAAUGGUAGGAUUCCCCAGCUGUCAUGUUUAGCCACUGGGGAAGCAGAUAUGCCUGACGAAGUGGGUUGUCCUUUUGAGAGCGCUGUGUUUAAAACAGAUUGA